AUGGGCUCCCGAAAUAAACGAAAUGAUGACAAGAAGGGCGAGGAUGAACUGCACUCAUUAGUUGGAAACUUAGUUACAUCUAUAUGUACCUCAGAGGAUUUCCUAACUCGACUCACCGACACCAUAGCUUCGAUAAUUGAAAGGAAAUUCUCUAAACAGAUAGAGUUGUUGAAAACUGAAAACACCAAACUGAACAAAAAAAUCGAUAGUCAGGAAAAAGUGAUUUUGUCAUUAGUCAAUAGACAAGAAAAACUUGAGCAACAAGAUAAAAUGAAAAAUGUUCUGAUUUUUGGAGUGAACGAAAAUGAAAGGGAAAAUUGUAGUGAAACUGUAAAGACUAUUUUCAAAUCUAAAAUGAAACUGGAAAUGAAAGAUUGUGAUCUCGGAGUCAGUUAUAGAAUUGGGAAAAUCAAUAAAAAUAAAAGUAGACCCAUUAUUGUCAAAUUCUCCAACCUAUAUUCGAAGAAUAUGAUUUACGGCAAUAAAAAACUUUUGAAAAGCACUGGCAUAGUCAUUCGAGAGGAUCUGACGUCAUCGCAACAAACACUGCUGAAAGCUACAUUGAAAAAAGUUGGUUCUACUGGAAGUGCCUGGACAAAUCAUGGAAAUAUUUUCGUUAAGCUCAACGAUGGAAACGAAACAUCUCUGAUAAGAUCAUUCGAGGACCUUGAAAAUCUUUGA